AUGUAUCCCACCGACUCGUACGCCGGUGAAUACAAGAACGGUAUUCGCCAGGGUCUUGGUCUACGCACUUCCGUGCCUUACGGCGAGGUGAUCAACUUCUUUCCGGAGGAGGCGGCUGCAGCAGCAGAGAUGGCUCUGGCUGCAAAACGAAAAGCGGGAGAGGAGCAAUUCGCCAGCCUCUUUAGUGGAGGUCUUGGCAAUGGCGGAGGUGUGAAUGGAGGGCGAAUUAGCGCUGGAGUCACCAGGCGGGGCAGCUGGACGAGUCAGCGGUCCGGUGAUGCGAUCGGCCCCGAUGGAGAGCUCGAAGAGAUGGAAGAGCCAUACAGCAGUGAGUUUACGCCACCUCCUCUCUCAUUCAUACUACUUGCACUCAGUUCAAAUCGAGUCCCAGCUCUGAUGGUGCUCGUCAAUUGGGCGAACGAAAUUUCAACCAGUGUUUACCCAAGACAAGAGAGGAGGUCUUGUAGACUGCGUCAAUCUGAACGUUAUACCAAAGCCAGCAGGUUCGUCCAUUUGGGCAAAGUCUUCCUCGGUCAAGGGUCACCCGAUCCUGAUAAUUUACCAGUUGAACCCCGACCGGGCAGGUUUAUUCUACAUGGUGGUACGGCUCGGGACUCAGGAAUUCGGAGUCGUACCAUUUGAGAUUCCGAUUGUCCACCUCUUCUACUCUUCACCCCAGCUAAACCCCAUGUCCCCAAGCCCAGUGCCAGCGGCCUUGGUCCUGGUGCCAAUUCACUUCGGCUCUCGAGCAAAUUCAAGUGCGGCUUCGUUUUGUCCGGCCAGAAGAGUGAACUGUGGCUGCGACGCACGGCCAAGCUGACCGGCGGCCAGCGGGGCAGAGCCAGAUCGCUGUCGAACCUCUUCAGCAGCAACAGUGGCCCCGGCGGCAGUCGAGACCGCGACUACGGAGUCGGAUUCGCCGGUUUCACCGGACGCCGGCAGGGCAGCACCUCGGGCCGGUCGGCGCACAGUGAUGUGAUGCAACACACCCUCGACUCCAUUUUCACCCUGGACCACGUAAGCUCAUUGUCCUGCCGACAAGACGCGUUUGUAGAGGCCUGUCAUGGCAACAAACUGCCGAUAAAUCCAAGCUUUUCAGUAGUCAUGCCAGUAGCUUUGGGCUAUCUAUGCCUGACACACACAUCACAUCUUCUUCUAUCAACCCACAUAAGGACAGGCGCCAUGCUCCUGUCGAGGGGUCAGCACCUCAUUACCAUUUCUGUCGAGGCCUAG